UUGCCACAAUUUCAAAAAGAUACAUUUUUGAUUCGUGUUUAGUGAAAAACUAAGCUUCACUUGUACUGCAAACGUUUAAAGUUUCAGUUCAUCUUAGCGGAUUAUUUAAAAAUUUCACGUGGAAAGUUUACAAAUCAAAAUCAAAUGGCUUUUAGUUUUCCAUUUCCGUCACCUUAAACAAAAAAUGGCGGUACAUUUUAUCAGACUUAUAAUCAUUAUGGCCAUGGGCUUAGGUGCCAUGUAUAUGCUGCAUUUAUUGGCUCAAGAUUGGAAUAAAAUUAGACGUCCUAUACCGCCCGCAGUUACCCGGUUGCUAACGGGUGCCAGUAAAAAUCUAGAUAACUUUAUAACACGCGGCAAACGUGAUCUACAAGGACAACGUAGUCAAACAAAACGUCUUAAAACUCAACAAGGUAAUGAAAUCAAGAGAAUUAACAGCACGGCUGUUACUAUCGAUUGGAAACGUAUAUUAUCGCGUGAUCCGUUUGAGUGUCUACAAUCAUUAGUUUGUCAACUUUUAUCGGGUGCCGAAAAGAACUCCCACGAAGCUUUACUAAUGUGUGAUUUUCUAGAGGAAAAUAUUAGUGUAGCACCUGCAAAAAUUGGACGUGCUUUUAGUCGUGGCUUAGUCUAUCGUGGCCGAACGGAACGUUGUUAUGAGGAGUAUCCAUUUUGUUGGUAUUCAGCUAAAACUAUGCUUAAGAUGUUAAAAUGGUUCUCUGAUACAGUUCAAAAUUAGUCAUAUGAUUAAGAUUUUCUUAAAAAAGUUAUGUUUAUUUUUUUUCUUUAAUUUAAAUUAACAGAGUGAAAUGUAUUUUAUAUUCAUUUCUUGUAUAUCUUUAAGGAUUUUUCAGUUUAAUGUCUUCAUUAUCUACAUUUAAUACGUAGAGUUAUUUUAGAAUUAUUGAAAUUGUAAAAAGCAUUACUUUGAAAUCAAUAAACUUAGAAUACGACCUUAAAA